AUCCACGUGCCAAUGGCUACUAACCAUACAAGUGUCCUUGAUAUUUUUCAAAAUUGAAAACAAAAAUGUUAAUUGCAAUUGGAUUAGAAGGUAGUGCAAAUAAGUUAGGCGUUGGAAUUAUUCAGGAUAAAAAUGUUUUGUCAAAUGUACGUCAUACGUAUAUUACUCCACCAGGUGAAGGAUUUUUACCUCGUGAAACUGCACAGCAUCAUAGAAAACAUAUUCUCAGUGUUCUGGAAAAGGCAUUGGAUGAUGCUAAAAUAACAAUGAAAGAUGUGGAUGUGGUAUGUUAUACAAAAGGACCAGGGAUGGGAGCACCAUUAACAGUUACCGCAUUGGUAGCAAGAACAAUUGCUCAGAUGUAUAAUAAGCCAAUGGUGGCAGUGAAUCAUUGUAUUGGUCAUAUAGAAAUGGGACGACUGAUCACAGGAAGUAUAAAUCCAAUUGUUUUAUAUGUUUCUGGUGGAAAUACACAGGUUAUUGCUUAUUCUCGUCAGAAAUAUCAUAUUUUUGGUGAAACAAUAGAUAUUGCUGUUGGCAACUGUUUAGAUCGUUUUGCAAGAUUAUUAAAACUUUCAAAUGAUCCCAGUCCUGGUUAUAACAUAGAACAAUUAGCAAAGAAAGGAAGAAAAUUAAUUUCACUACCCUAUGUAGUAAAAGGAAUGGAUGUAUCUUUUUCUGGAAUUUUAAGUUAUAUAGAAGAACAUGUUUCUUCUUGGUUGGCUUCAAAAGAAUGUACUAUAGAGGAUUUAUGUUUCUCCUUACAAGAAACAGUAUUUGCUAUGCUUAUCGAAAUUACAGAACGGGCUAUGGCUCAUGUUAAAUCAUCCGAAGUAUUAAUUGUUGGUGGUGUAGGAUGUAAUGAAAGACUACAAGAUAUGAUGAAAGUUAUGUGUAAAGAAAGAAAUGCAGUACUUUAUGCUACAGACGAACGGUUUUGUAUAGAUAAUGGCGUAAUGAUUGCUGUAGCUGGCUUACUUCAGUACAAAAGCCAGGGACAUACUCCAUGGACAGAAACAACUUGUAUACAAAGAUAUCGAACAGAUAAUGUACACGUUUCUUGGAGGGCAUAA